UCAUAGAUUACCUUACGUACCUAUAUCCUACAAAUAUUUUUGUUUGGCAUUUGUUUUUAUUUCAAUGACAAAUAAAACGGAAGUCAAACUGAUAGUUUAUUAGAUUUUUACUGGAUUUUUAGCUUUAUAGAUAUUUAUCUGCCCAUUUAAGUAGGUGCUUCUAAUUUUUAAAAUUCAGAAAAAUGUCGUGCGAUCAGGAAUUUAGAACACUGCGAAUGGAUCCACGGUAUCCGUUUCAAAAUCAAACAAGAGCAUGUUACGACAACUACUGCGACUUCUACCGCUGCACGCGGCUGCUGGGCGAGGCGGACGACUGCAAGAUCUUCAAGCGCUACUUCCAGACCAUCUGCCCCAACUUCUGGAUCGAGCACUGGGACGAGUUGCGGGAGAAGGGCGCGUUCCCGGGACCUAUCUGAUCUGAUGGACGGGGUUCUGACAAUAAACAAUUGCGAAUAA